UUUUCAGUGAAAAAGGCGCGUGGUUUGACGUAUAUUAUAAUAAAAUUCUCGUGUUGUUUUUACUUUUUUGUGUAAUUUCGAAGAACGCUAUACAAUUUGAAAUUUUCAAACGCUACAGAAAGAAAAAUUGCCGUAGUCUAGCAUUAAGCCAGAUGUCCUCAUCUUUGUCUAAUGCCGCCACAAAAAAAGUCUACAUCCAAGUUGAGACGGCGGCUGAGCAACAGGAAAAUUUGAAGAAUCAACGUAAAACCUUAAAAGUUUUACAAGGUGUAGCCACCGAUAAGGAAAAUCUAACGGGUCGUCCACAAUUAGACAAACUGAGUCGCCUUAAAGCAGCCGUUCAUGAGACCACCAUCUCAACGAAUUCGGGCAGUGAUUAUGCGAAACGUAAGAAGAUUGAAACCAAAGCGGCAGAAACUCAAACCAGUCCCGACUCGAAAUCCUUGAAUGCCCGCAAAAUAACUGCCGAGGACUUGUGCAGUGAGGAAAAACCGGGCGAACAUUAUUGGGAACGUUUGGCAGAGAAAAGACGUGAGGCUUUGGAACAGUCUUUAGAGGAAAAUCAACGUUUAUAUGAACGUAUUGAUGGCCUAGAAGAAGAGUUAAAUACAUCACGCCAACAGCUGGAAGAAGCUAAACAUUUGGUUUCAGUUCUAACGGAAAUGCUUGCUGAGGGAGAGGAAGCUGAGCCUGAAGAAGGUGAAGAAACUGAGGGUGAAAGCGAAGCUGGUGUAGCAGUUUUAGCUGCUGAAGAAUCCGAUGAUUCUAAUUCAUCUACACCCAAGGCUGAUAAACAAACUCAAAAUUAAUUUUAACUUUUAGCAUACAAUUAUAGUUAUAAGUUUCCUAUCAUAUUAACAAGAACAAGAGCUGGAGAGCAUUCAUUCCUUUGCUAUAGAUAUUUGCAUUAAAAUUAUCAUUAAAAGGGUCUUGUUUUAUUCAACAAUUAAUAACAAUUUCCUUAAUAGUUAAAUUAUGUUUAAAAACCUGAUUUUUUUCUCCUGUUGAAAUAGUUUAAAAACAAGACUUUCGUUUUUUUUUCUAACAUCUAAUAUUUUACGUUUUCAUUUUAUAGCUAGUGUUUUUUUUAUAUAUUAGAAUUAUGUAGUUUUUUUAAUAUUAAAACCUUAUGUUGUUUAAUUACUUAAGAAUUACUUUUGAACUAUUUACCAGAGUUAUUUUUUUUUUUUUUUUUUGAUUAUAAAAAUGUUAAAUUUAAUUUUAGUUUAAUAACGAUUUCCUUUUUUUUCCUUAAACACAUAGUUUUUAAUCUGAUAUAUACUAAUAAUAAAACAAUAAUAUUUGAUUA